CUUUCUGGUUUAUGUCCCCAUCGUCUUGUCGCAUAACAUGUCUAUAUCUUUAAGAGAUCACUAAAUAAAAUUGACUUUUCUAAAAUUAGGCAAACUAGCAAUAUUACCUCAAACUCUCAACAUGCCCGAAACAAACCUUACUUUCAUAAAUCUGGCUAUGACCUUUUUUACUCUAUUUUUAAUCGCAUUCAACAUGCCUAGCAUUCUCAAAUGUAGCAUUUCACAAGCAUUUAUAUUCAAUAUCAUUAACUAAUAAGACAAUUUAUUAGAGGCCUUUUUCUAUUUCUAAUAAGUUGUUAUAUUGUAUUUAGAUUUUUUAUAUGAGUAUUAGUUUUAAGUAAAUAAGUUUUUUAAAUUUACAAUUUUAUAGUCUUGUUUAAAUUUCUUACAAUGUCAUGUUACCAUCAAAUUGACAGCAUAUUUUUAACUAAUUAUACAAAUUGCCAAUAUUGGCAUGCAAGACCUUGUUACGUAUGUCUUAUAGUGUUCAAACUUUAAGACCUUCAAAAACAGAAGAUUAAUAUUUGUUAGAAAAUUAAAUGUUGCUAAUAUGAAAAAAAUAUUUAGUAAAAUGGAACUCUUGGCGGUUAACAUAUUUGCUAAAUUGGAUGAUUGUUAAAUUUUAUGCUAUUAUUAAAGUUAAUUAUUGUAAACCUCUGCUUCUGUAAUAUAUGAAGUUUAAAAAUGUAUUUCUUAUUUAACUCCUAAGGUAUCCUAAUAUAUAUGCUCGUAUUUGAUAUCGACUAGAGAUUUCAACAAUAGACAGAACAAUGUACUGCUUUACAUUAAUUCUUGGGGUCAGAUUGCAAACUAGAUAACUGGUGGGUCACUGUUAGGUAAGAUCUAAUAAUAGCCAAAAAUGGGAAUAUCAAUACCCGUAGAUCUGAUUGCAGUUAAGGAUUUUUCUGCUGGCUGUGCAAAAUUUAAAAUGUGCCUUAAUACCUGAUGUGACUCAAAACGUCAUAACAUCCUUUUAAAUAGAAACAAAAUAGAGCUUUACUUUGACCUCGUGGAAUUGACAUCAAGUUGACAAUUGACUUUUCGGAAAUUUUUCGAAUAUUGCUAUAUGCAAAUAUGCAUUUGCAUAUCAUGUACAAUACGAACUUAUUGAUCCUGUUUUUACUACCUACUACCUACCAAUAAAGCGCAGGCGAGGUGUAGUAGCCGUACUGUGCUUUAAAGAACUAAACUUGAACUGCUUAAAAAAUAGCAUAACUACAAUUUUUGAGCGUACAUGUACUAAAAUUCAACUUCCACGUAUUGUUAAAUUUUUACCUCUAAAGUAUUCAAUAGCUAGAGUUCUAAGGACAAAAAGACUUCUAAGUCUAAAGAAAAUCAAUCACAACAGUAAGAGAGUCAGAAUUACUUUUGGUGUCGUCUUCUCUUCUCAACGCUCCUUCUUACAACGAUACUGCAAGACACGUAGAUACAGAACUAUUAUUCUGUGGUUAGUAAAUUGCUCCUAGUCCAAUCUUAUCCAAUCUAAUCAUUCUCAAUAGUCGACAGAACCUUGUGCCAGUGAUGCUCUUGUUAAAGAAUUGUCCUGGCUCAUAAAUAAAAUCUGUACACAAAGCGUUUACCACAUACCAUAUUGAUUUUCAAAAAGCAAAUAUAAAAUGAUUCUCCUUGUGAUCGUGCUUGUAUUUUUAUUUAAAUGUAAUGCUGAAGAAAAUAUCACUGUACCUCAAGAUGAAUAUAAAUGUUCUUUGCCUGAUGUCACUAGCAUUGAUGAUAAUCUAGACAUUACCAGAUUCAGAUCUGAUUUUUCUAAAAUUUCUGAGGUAAAAUUCCCAGGGCUUAUCGGUCCAUUAAAUGAGAGAUUAAUAUGCAAAAUUAAAUGCAUAGAUGGGAACUGGGUUGGCCCCUUAUGUUCUACUACUGCAGAUGGGAGAUUCCAGCCAAUAUUACGUGAAUGUUUCUACCGGGAUGACUACAAGUUAUUAUCAAUUUCAUUUAAAAAUUCAUCGAUUGAGAAGGAAACAUACUUCCCUCAUGGUUCAGUAGUCACAUCAAAAUGUAAACAUUUUGGCCUAUACAAAUUGAAAGGUGAUAGCCAAGUAAGAUGUGAAAAUGGUGAAUGGAGUCCAAAAUUUCCUGAAUGUGUUCCUACAACAUUGGUCACUAAUUUUACAGGUGAUGCCCCACCAUCAAUUCAAUAUGUUGUUGUUAGUGGUUCUGCAGUUGUGGAACCCUCUGGUGAUUUAUUUGUGUACCCAGAAAGUACACUGUGGCUUGAUUGCAUUAUUCCCCGUGUUACGGGUGACCCAGAUUGGAGUUGGACACAAGCCUUAGGACAGCACAAUGCAGCUUGGGCGACAGACGAUGGUGAGAAAGAAACACACUAUCGUUUGAUUUUAACGAAGAUGUCGGCGCGUCACAGCGAUCAGUACACGUGUACUUCGUCCGGAGGCCAUACUAACACCAUCAUCAUAAAAGUUGUUAGUGUCGUUUGUCCACCGAUAAAUGUAUCAUCGCCACGCAUUCGCCUCUUCUCCCAAGGAUGGAAACUUGGCCACUCCGUUCAUUUCAGUUGUCAACCAGGCUUCCAUUUGAACGGUUCUGCCAUAGUUUACUGUAUGGGUAAUGGUCAUUGGUCUGCGUUGCCUCCGACAUGUGAAGAAACUUUCUGCCCGAUGCUAAGAACAUUAGGGCCUCAUUUAAGUCUUGUAGAAUACAAUUCUUCUUAUGGAGGGAGAGCGGUCUUCCAGUGUUCUUGGGGUUACAGGCUUGUCGGUGCACCAGGUCUCGAGUGUGAACUAGAUGGUAAAUGGUCAGGAGAUAUUCCACAUUGCAUAGCUAUUUACUGUCCAAAUCCGAUUGUGCCUGAAAAAGGACGUUUAUUGACACAAGCGUCUACUAAGAAUGGAAAAUAUGCAGUAGGGGAUUUAUUAAUUUAUGGAUGCGAUGAAGGGUACCAAGUACUAGGUGAACCCUCAAUUGUGUGCACAGAGAAUGGAUUUUGGUCCCAUCCUCCGCCAUUUUGUCUACGUCCCUCAGAAAUUAGAAAAGCUGAUACCAUUUAUAUAGAAAAUACAACUCUUGUACAUUUCGAAGAUUAAAUGUAACCGUAGAACUCCACUCAAAUGACAUUUAUGUAUUGUUGUACCUAUCGUUUUGUUUAUCAAAAAGAGUCUACAUUUUCUAUAAUUACAAGUAUCAUGGCAGUCACUGUCUUACGUAAAUAUGAAACCAGUAGCGCUAAAAAUCAGCGCUGGCAUACCAUUGACAUAAUAAGACUAACUGGCACCAGUGCGCCAAUCAGACCAUGUCCGGCAUGUGCUACUGUCCAACUGUCCUGGCCAAAUGUAAACCGUGCAUAAUGGCAUUAAUGGAUUGAUGGAAUUUUUCAGUAUUAUUUUGAGGAUAGGAUUUUUUGAGUAAUGCUAUGCAAUAUGUAUGACAAUGCAGGUUUUUAAUUAUUUUUUUAACAUUAAUCCGAAAAAAUAGAUGUACUAAUAAGUUAGCUUGUAUAUAAAAUAUUGAUGGUAAUCUUAGACAAGUAUAGGGAAUAAACAUUUAUUUUUAAUUCAAUAGUUGCCACUUUUAAUUUUUUAUCUAAUUUUAAAUUUUUUU